UAUAUCCAGCACCCGGAGGUGGCUGAAAUAACCACUGUCCUCAGAAGACUGAUUUUUAAGAACAAAGAGGACUCUACCCACUGGAGCCCAAGCAGACUCCCAUCCACCAUGGCUGCCAUCCGGCUUCGAGAAUUUAUUGACCGCCGCCCAGUGAUCCUAUCUAGUGUAUUCAUCGCUCAUCAAGGAAAGGACAUCCAAGGAUAUUACCCCGGGCAGCUGGCAAGAGUCCACUUUGAUUCUAGUGCGAAGAGACCUCCCAGACCUCUCAUAGACUUGACAAUUCCACCCAAGAGAAAAAGCCAGUAUCAGCCUCAAUUAGACCAACAAACUCUCAUUCGAUACAUUUGUUUUCGAAGACAUUCAAGGCCCGCUGAACCAUGGUAUAAAGAAACCACCUACCAAAGGGACUAUUCUCUGCCAUUUUACAAGACUGAUUGGAACAAGAAAUUAGCCACAGUUUCAUCGAACCCUAGACCACUCGAUUCUCUGCCAGAGCUCUACUGUUGUCAAGAGAGGCAGUUGUGAACGAAAACCGCUUAAAUUGUAAAUAACCAUGGCAUUCAAACAAAACAACAUUUGGAGUUCUUAGGUGACUCUUUUAGAUUAAAAUAAUAACAGGACUCCUGUUGAUUGAAGUGUGUAUCUGGAUGGCUACAAUCCUGAAAUAUGUACAUGCGGCAAAGUCUUUUCAGAUUGAGGCGAUCAACCUAAGGGCAGGGGAUCAAGAGUCAAGUUUAAGGCGCACCUGGGUGGCUCAGUCGGUUGAGCAUCUAUCUGACUUCGGCUCAGGUCAUGAUCUCGCGGUCUGUGAGUUCAAGCACCGCAUCAGGCUCUGGGCUGACAGCUCAGAGCCUGGAGCCUGCUUCCGAUUCUGUGUCUCCCUCUCUCUCUGUCCCUCCCCCGCUCAUGCUCUGUCUCUCUCUCUCUGUCAAAAAUAAAUAAACAUUAAAAAAAUUUUAAAAAAAAA